AUGUCGUUGAGUGGCGACUCCUCAGCGGCAGAGGCGACAUGCAAGCAGAGCUACGAUAUUGAUGCUGGUGGAUUUCACUGGCAGUGUGUCGCAGAGUCGAAGUCUUCUGGCGGAUUCACCUGCCGGCACUCGCACAUGUGCCAACACGAGGAGGAUCCGGCUGCAGAGUGGGAUUCCCUUCCAGUCCUCAGUGCCGACGUCAAGCCCAAGAUGACGUUUGUGGACUUCGAAAAGUCGGGCAACCAACACAACUACCUGGCACGCUUGACCGACAACAAAUUCCUCAUCUGCUUUAAAAAUGGCAUUGAUGGAAACUUUGGGUGGCAAUGCCAGGCAGUGGAGGAGGUUGUGGGUGGCAUCCUGACUGGUGAUCGAAUUGACAUUCCUGCCAACACGCAACACGGCGCCCAAAUCUCGGAGAACAAGGUUGCUAUAUGCCGCCAUGCAGGUUCGAUUCUGAGGUGUUACACGGUGACGGCAGAGGGUCGCAGUUUUACCAAAACGAAAGAGCAGGAUAUGCCAAAUCGGUUCAGCCCCAUGCAGUACACCUACAUGCCAACCCUGUUGUACCUCGAGGAGCACAAGGUCCUCCUGUGCGGCAAUGAGAAUGAAGUAAGGAAGGUGAAGCACCACCUGACUUGCUGGGUGAUGACAGAUAAGGAGGGAUCUCUCGAGAGGGGACCCGGCAACACUUUGAUCGACAGCUUCAAGGUGACCUAUGGCAUGGUCCACACCGCCCUGCUGUCUGCCGGGAAAGUGCUUGCCUGCUACGACGCCGUGGAGCGGGAUGGGAAGUUCCAGUGCAAGAUCCUGACCAUCGAGGGUGACAGCAUCUCGGCCGGGCCGGAACAGGAGUUCGAGACGGGCGGAACAAAAUAUGAGCACAUGGGGCACCUUACCGCCAUGACUUCAACGCAGGCAUUAUACUGUCAUUAUAACCAGCCGCACAAGUGUGUCCUUCUCUCUAUCUCUGGCUCCACUGUCAAGGGGGUGUACAUUCUGGAUCUGCCGAAGACCAGACACCCACAGUACAAAGAUGGGGUGCAGCGUUUGUGGAACGACCGAGUGCUUUCCUGCUGGGGUGGGGGCUAUCAUGGGCAAGAAUUUGGCAACCCGUUCUGCACCCUCAUCACCUGUAAGGAUCAGAAGUGCACGGCAGGGGAGGCCUAUCACCCGACUACAUCGACCAAGCCGGGCUUUCCCAGAAGUUCUGCUAUUUGA